AUGCUGGUGUUAUCUCUCUUAGUUCUCUUCUCCUUCUCAGCAUCUUCGGCAGGCCAGGCAAUCUGUAGUGACAAUAAUGGCGGCAUGUACAUGCCAAACAAUACCUACAAAGACAACCUCAUAUCCCUCGCCAAGUUACUGUUUGCUAGCGCCGCUGAGGAGCACUCAGCCGUUGGCGGGGCUGGCACAGGACCAGACAAGGUCUACGGUGCAGUGCUUUGUCGGGGCGAUUCUGACAGCUCCGACUGUCAUAAGCGCCUAACCAAGGCCCUUGAUGAAGCAAUCAACAGCAAAGCUGGUGACUCUUACUCUCUCCAGAGCAAUAAGGAUGUGACCUACUACUACGAUGAAUACCAGGCACAGAUAAGCUUCUCCGACAAGGACUUCCUUUCCAGCUUCAGCAACAUGCCCAGGUGCACCGUGAAUACUAACCUGAAUUCUGUGACGGCCACUGUAACCGAGCGUUUCGAAGAUCUUGUCACCAAACUGAUAGAUGCCCUUGCCGAUGUUGUGGUGAGUCAAGCAGAUAAAUAUGCAGUCGGCAAGGUGUGGUUUGAGGAGACAGGACAGACAGUGUACGCGAUGGCUCAGUGCAUACAUGACAUGCCAUAUGAGCGCUGUGCGGUGUGCCUAGAUGACAUCAUCUCUCACAGGCAGAGUAACAUCAGCGCUGGUCAGAUGGGAGCGGCAUUUCUUGGGGUCUGGUGCACAUUGCGUUAUGAGACGGAUACACAGUUCUUCACUGCUACCAAGAUGCUAUCGCUCAAUGCGCUCCCAAGAAGUAAAACACACUUUUUUCGAUGGAACAAUGCAGUCUUGGUCAGCGUUGGAGGUUUCCUACUAGUACUAUUCAUGUCUUGCUUGGUAUUCCAUAUAUGGAUCAACACACAACGAAGAAGAGAACAAACAGUGUUUAAACUACGACGGCUGUACUUGUCAAUACAAGUUGCAAUAAAUCUUUGGAGGACGGGAGGAGCCAACCCAGAAUUUUCACUGUAUGAUUUCUACCAGAUAAAAGAGGCUACAAAUAACUUCUCAGUCGAUAACAAACUGGGACACGGUGGCUUCGGUCCUGUAUAUAAGGGCCGAUUGAGAAGUGGACUUAAAAUAGCAGUCAAGAGACUGGAGACGUGUUCUUUGCAAGGUUUACUGGAGUUCCAGAAUGAAAUUCAACUUAUAGCAAAGCUUCAACACAAAAAUCUCGUUAAACUGCUGGGAUGUUGCAUUCAAGGAGAUCGAGAAAAGUUGCUUGUAUAUGAAUACUUGGAAAACAAAAGCCUAGACUAUUUCAUUUUUGAUAUGGUUAAAGGAGCGCAAUUAAACUGGUCAAACCGUUUGCACAUAAUUGAUGGGACAGCUCAAGGUCUUCUUUAUCUUCACAACUACUCACGAUUAUGUGUUGUUCAUCGGGAUUUGAAAGCAAGUAACAUUCUCUUGGACAGUGUGAUGAAUCCAAAAAUAUCUGAUUUUGGGAUGGCUAGAAUUUUCUGCUCAAAUAUGGCAGAGUCAAAUACCACCAGAAUAGUGGGCACACAUGGCUACAUACCUCCUGAGUAUGCUUUUGAGGGGGUUUGCUCGAUCAAGACAGAUGUAUUUAGCUUUGGCAUAUUGAUUCUGGAAAUAAUAACUGGAAAGAGGACAGCCCACUUCUACCAAUACAAUGGAAAACUAUAUAAUCUCGUCGCAUACGCCUGGCAACUUUGGAUAGAUGGAAAAUGGGGUGACAUGAUUUAUUGUCCAACAGGGAACAAAUAUGAUGAGAUAGAAAGGUGCAUUCAUGUGGCACUUUUAUGUGUUCAAGAAAGUGCGGAGGACCGACCUGCUAUGGAGCGUGUUGUCACAAUGCUAAACACCAAGAACAUGAGCUUACCCCCGCCUAUGCAACCGGCUUACUUCCAUGUAAAUCCAAGUGAGGAAGAAGUUUCAUCAUGUAACAUUACUAUAAGCAUCACAUUAGAGAGGUAGCACCACAUAGUCAUCAAUUCUCAGAAAUAUACUAGUUGCAUUAGUUAAGUUUAUCUGCACCCAAAGGAAAUAAUUGGCAUUAACAUAGUGAUCUCUAUGCACAUCUAUUUGUCUUAUUUUUUUUUAUCCGGAUAUGUUAUACCUUUUUGUUUCUGGGUGCAAACUUUAUUGUACUUAUUCUCUUUCGACUGAAGUUAAAGCAUGUUGAAGACUUAUAUCA